UUGUUGUUUUUUUCUAAUAUAAAAACACAUACACUUCAAUGGUUUCAUUUAUUUCUUAAUAAAGGUACAUACCUUUCACAAGAUCAAGAUUGAUGCGUAGUAGUGUAUAAUUGACUGGUCUGAAUACAGGACAGUACUUUAACAUAAGACGAACAAUUUAAACCAUGCUCUUAUAUCUGAUUCAAAUGUGACCAAGGACCGUAUGUUUGUUUCUUUUGCUUAGUUUUCUGGAUAUAAUGAACGCUGGGAACCUUGUAAUAUGGACAUUAUGUUUCCUUAACGUUUUUAUACAUUGUUCAAAUGCGGCGUAUAAAUGCUAUGAGUGGACAGCCGAAGAUCAAAAAGAAAUUGGUUCGAAACCUUCUAUUGCAAAAGAAAAAGCUCAGUGCGAAAAGCGACACUUGAUCUUUACACAAGAGAAUAAUGGAACGUAUGAAGGUUGUGAGACAUGCUCGUGUUGUAAAAGAGUAAGCCUUGGGGCUAAAAGAGAAUCUUUUGGAUUGGCAAACAUAUUAAACAUGAGGUGCAGCCUCCUUAAAAAGAUAACGGGCAUCUCUGAUCGACAGUGUUUUUCUUAAGACAAAUGGAUUUUGUGAUAUGUUAAAUUAUGAUGAUAUUAUAAAACAUUGGAUUGAUCCUUAUUUGAAAAACAAAAGAUUUUACCAUUGACAUGUGUUGUUUUCUUAACAAUUGUGCUGUGGUGCAAUUUCUAUUAUAAUCAGAUAAGGAAGAUCUUGGUUUUGUAGGGAUCUUUGCUUUUUCUUAUUGUAACAUACCGGUUAUGUUGCAUUUGACUUUUGUGCUGAGCACAUUAAAAA